AUGUAUGAUACACUUCCUGCUCAAUUACAUAAACAAUAUCCUGUCUUAAGCAAUGAAAUAAUACACAGUAAUCCUUCACCUCUCUUUAAUAUAAAUGAUAAACUUUUUGAAAAAAUCACUUUAGAACAAACAAAUACAAUUAUCAAUGUUCUUAAAGAAAAAGAUAGAUACAUAAUGCUUACUAAUAACACUCUUGUUAUGGUUCAGCAUAUUGUUCAACCGAAAAAUAAACCUCCUAAUUUAAUUGUAAAACAGUUCAUCAGCUGUUCUGAAUUUACUAAUACACCAGAAUCUUCAUUCAAAAUCGGGGUUUACAUGGUUGACACUUCUAAAAUGUCUGAAUUAUAUUGUAUUAAUUUAACUGAUAUAAAAUACAAAUGUUUUUUUAUUAGUCUAUCCGACAAUUUGGCAUUAAUCUCAACACUUUGUCAUUCAGAGACUUAA